AGCCACCGGCAUGGCGAAGGCAGCAGGGUUCACUUGUGAAGCGGUACGGUACGAUUCGUAUAGCGCCAUCUUUCGCAAUGUGGUCAUCCAGCCAAUGGUGGACUUUUGGUUUAGUUGCGACUCAGGCUACUAUACCAAGACUAAAAUGACCUUCCUUAACUCGUCGAUGGAGGAGCUUCCGAAAAAACUGUUCGAUUCGUUCAGCACGCUACAGAACGUGUCGCUGGUCGACUGCAACAUCAAGCACAUCGAGCGCUACAGCCUCGAUCGGGCCGGUUCGUUGCGAUCACUGGACCUGUCCCAGAACCAAAUUGGCGAGCUGAAAGGUUUCGUGUUUGUCGGUGCGUCUAAUCUAAUGACGCUUAACCUCACGCUCAACAACAUCAGUCACAUCGAGAGCACGGCGUUCCACUCGCUGAGUGCGCUGCAGCUUCUGUUCUUGGACCGAAACAAAUUGGGCACCCUGAAUGCCGGCGUUUUUUCGCCACUGGUCGCCCUGCGAGGCAUCUAUCUGAAUGGCAACGAGCUUGAAGUGUUGGACGGUGGCCUGUUUGGCAGUAACUCGAAGCUGGAGGUCAUUCUGGUGCAAAACAAUCGCCUCCGUGUAGUGGACGAGCAUGCGUUUACGGUUUCGUCCGGUGCCACAGUCAGCCGCAGCCUAAUUUCGCUGCAAAACAACAGCAUCGUCCGGUUGGACCUACAGCAUGUCGCUGCGCAGAAGGUGAUCCUCAGCGACAACCUGCUGCAGGAGAUUUACAUAUCGGCGCACAUCCUGACACUACUGGCGAACAACAACCAGAUCAGCAACGUUACCAGCGACACUUCGGUAGCCGAGAUGAAGCUGCAGGUGUUGGGCCUGCGGAACAACUCCAUCACCUCGCUGGACAGCGUCGGCAGGCUAAGUUCGCUGUCCACGCUCGACUUAUCGUACAACAACGUUGGUGCGUUACGAUUAGACAGUUUCGGGUUGCUGAAGAAGCUGAAGGUGCUCAGCUUGGAGCGCACGUCGAUCUCGAACCUGCAGCACGGCACGUUCGCCCAGCAGGAGGCUCUCGAGUGGCUCGAUCUCUCGUACAACAACCUGGACAGCCUCGAUAUGGACAUUCUGACGUCGUCGACACAGCUGCAGACGCUCUACAUCGACGGCAACCGGUUGAGGUCUAUCCAGCACGAAGAGAUGAAGAAGAACUUUCCCAAGCUGACCCUGCUCGGCCUUACGGACAACCGCUGGAACUGCACCUACCUCACAAAGCUGGUGCGCUAUUGCAACGGCAACUCGAUUGUGGUGGCCAAAACAUCGGAGGCCUUGCGCAACCAGACCAAUGUGAAGGGAAUCUACUGUUACGACGAUAAGAAUCCGAUUCGGGACUGGAACACGACCGUGCAGCACCUGGUCAAUGGGACGGCGCAGGCCGGCGACGGUGCCCUGGAGGCGUUGCUGAAGAGUGUGAUGGAGGACGUGCGACGCUACAGCGAGGACCAGUCGGACACGGCCAACAAAACCGUCAAGCUGGAGGGCGCCCUAUACGACCUGACCAAGCAGCAGUUGGCCCUCCAGCGGGACAUCCUUGCGGUGCGCCAGUCGGUAUCCGACGUGUGGUUGUUUCUGCUGACAAACCGAACCACCAACGACACCACGUUCAGCAACGACGAGAUCCGCCGGCUGGUUGAGGGUAUCAACAAUGUGACGCUCGAGAAGCAGGAACUUAGUGUGAAACGGAUGCAGUUGGAGCUGUACCAGCAGUCGUUCAAGGUGGACAAGGCACUGGAGAGUGCCGGCGAGAACGCCGACCGGCUGACGGCACUGGCGAAACGUGUCGAGCAGUGGGUCGCGGGGUUGGUGGGCUCCGGCGGAAGCAGCUUCCUUGGGCAGCUUGGGGCAGCCCGGCGUGACGCUGAUAGUGCAGGGACAGGUGCCGGGGAUCACCGGGACACGGCGCUGAUUGUCGCCGUGCUGGUGUUGGUGUGCCUCAUGAUGGGCGUACUUCUGUUUGCGGUCUACAGAAGCAACCGGCGGUCGUACAACGUCGAACGCCGCCGAUAUCCGAACCGAGACAGCAGCCUGACGACGAUCGUUGAUAAUGAAAUGUAACGUGAAAUGGGUGCCUUGUAAUAGCGAUAAAGAGCUCAU